AUGACGCUAGUCCAACAAAUACUUCGAUAUGCCACCUUUUCAUACCCGAGGAUCCGCACCGCUUUGACCAAGACGACAGUAACCGCAAUCAUCACCGUAUUGCAAUUUCUAAUAAUGCUUCUGCGACCAGAUAUAGUUGACAAAGAUAACAGGAUACGUAUCGACUCGACAGCAGAGCUACUCAACAGUUAUGACUUUGUGAUAAUCGGUGGAGGAUCCGCGGGAUCCGUACUUGCUAACAGAUUAACGGAAAAUGCAAACUGGACCGUUUUGCUACUGGAGGCUGGGAAUGCUGAAGGAGUUGUAUCUGACGCACCUGCGUUAGCCUUACUCCUUCAAAACACGAAUUCUGACUGGGCAUUUAGAACCGAACCUUCAUCGACCUACUGCCAAGGCAUGAUCAACAAGCAAUGUAAUUGGCCCAGAGGUAAAGUACUUGGAGGAAGCAGCGUCCUCAAUUACAAUCUGUAUAUACGAGGAAAUCGAAGAGAUUAUGAUCAAUGGAGAGAUUUUGGAAAUGAUGGAUGGGGAUACGAGGAUGUUUUACCUUAUUUCAAAAAAUCCGAAAAUAUCUCAAUACCCGAUCUCCGUGAAUCGCCGUAUCAUGGAACCACUGGCCAUUUGACAGUUGAACACUUGAAAUAUGAACAUCCUAUUACGAGCUAUUUUCUGAAUGCCACUUCUGAACUAGGCUACAGUGUGGUAGAUGUGAACGGUAAGACCCAGACUGGAUUUAUGCGCACGCAAGCUACAACUAGAAACGGCCUUCGAUGCAGCACGGCGAAAGCCUAUCUGCGAUCCGCAGCUGAUAGGAGAAACCUACACAUUAGUACGAAUUCUCUGGUCCAUAAGGUUCUCAUCAAUAAAACGACAAAAACAGCUUAUGGAGUUGAAUUUGUUCGAGAAAACAUGAGGUUCACCGUUCGUGCAAAAAAAGAGGUAAUACUCUCAGCGGGCGCUAUUCAAUCGCCUCAACUGCUAAUGCUCUCAGGAAUCGGUCCGCGAGAGAACCUAGAAGACCUUGGCAUUGAGGUUAUUCGCAACAGCCCAGGAGUCGGGCAAAACCUUCAGGACCAUGUGGCGAUUGGUGGGCUCGCUUCUCUGAUUGAACCACCGUAUAAUCUUAGUGAGUCAAUUAUAUCACAAGUAGAAGAAUUUAUGGUGGAAAAAACGGGUCAAUUGUAUGAUAUACCUAUCUGCCAAGUGAUUGGUUUCGUCAAAACCAGUUAUGCUAACAGUAGUCUUGAUUUUCCGGACAUCCAAUUCUUUCUUGGCUCAAACGCUGAAAAUACUCAAAGCCUGUUCGUUAAAAGCGCUUUAGGGCUCACAGACGUCUUUUACAAUAACAUAUACACGGGAAUAAAAGAUCGGAAUGCCUACGGUGUAAUACCAGUAUUACUGCAUCCGAAAAGCAGAGGUUACAUCAAGCUGAGAAGUGCUAAUAUCACGCAACAUCCAAUCAUAGUUCCUAAUUAUUUCAGCGACCCGUAUGAUCUGGACGUUUUGAUAGAAGGAGUCACUUUCGCCUAUAACCUCAGCCAAACUUCGACUAUGAAAAAAUUCAACGCACGUCCCAACUCCAACGUGAUUCCAGAGUGUGCCCACUUGAAUUUCUCAUCACGGUAUCAUCCUACUUCCACUUGUAAAAUGGGACCUGUUGACGAUGAGAUGGCUGUAGUAGACUCACGCUUGAGGGUCCACGGUGUCAAUGGUCUUCGAGUUGUGGACGCCUCCAUUAUGCCAACCAUAGUAUCCGGUAAUACCAACGCUCCAAUUGUUAUGAUCGCCGAAAAGGCAUCGGAUCUUAUCAAGGAAGAUUGGAAUCAAACUGCUUACGUUGACGAUUUAAAUAGUUCUUCAAACACUUGA